AUGGCUGAUACUACGAUAGACAGACCAGCUAUUUAUCUCCAUGUGGAGAUGGGUGUUUCCUGGCGCCCUCGAAAACGGUCACCCAAAAACCACACCAUCACUUACGCUUCCAAGGCUGCUCGUGAACAUCUUGCGAGUGUCUCACAGCAAAACCUCCCGCUACCACCAGCGGGUCUUCAGCAUCAGCCGGCACAAUAUCAAAACAACUAUCAGAGCAACUUUGAGCAGUUCCAGGCCGUUCCCUAUCUGCCCUUCGCCGCUGCACCAGGGCAGCACCUCAGCCUCCCUCCCGCGGUACCCUAUGGCCAAUACCAGCCUGAGAGACAGCACGAUCAUCUACCUCUGAGACGCACUCGAAGCGGCUCCUUCCAUGAACGUGGCCACUCUGCACCCCCAUUUAACUCAGCGCCUUGGCUGGACGAGCCAGAGCCUAUGACUGCCACCGCUCUUCCCCAGCGAAACGCGAACCCCCAGAAGAUGAAAGCCCUUCCACCCACACCUGAUAACUUCCGCCUAGGUGAGGACGACAUGCCAUGGACCCCUACUGGCCCUUACGCCAUGGAAUACUACCGAGAUGACGAUGAGGAGCAGCCUGUCAGCUCAAUGGGCAGCGAAAACCGCCGUGGUUCUGUCCGCCCUCGCCAUGAGCGUGAGAGAGGACGGACUUCCGAGAUGGAGGGUCUGGCAGCUGCCAUGUUGACGGUCGACAACGGAUUUGAAGAUCAGUGGUGGUACCAAGGCUCACGACUGGUUAAUGUAGCUGGUGAUUUGAUUACGCCCUCGGCCGUGGCUAAUCGAUGUGCACCCGGAGGUACAAUCAGAUGGCCUGUGGCCGACGACGACGACAGGAGUGCGUUCCGUGAGCGAGAGCCAUUCCACUCAAUAGAGCCAUUCCAUCCAAUGGAGGGCCCUGUUCCAUCAACGAUUCACUCUCCUCCCCCUAGCGUCCUGGAGCUUGUAUCACCGCUAAGCGACUUUUCCAGUGAUACACUAAACUCCUUGAACUUCCUGGCUCUGAAGAGGUCCUUAACAUACAACUCGGACGAACUUCAUAUCUAA